UCCCCAUCUACCCUCUUUUUUCCACAGAAUUUGUCCUGUGCCUCAUGGUGCCCGGCCGCUGUGCAGAAUUGCAAACUAAACAAACGGCCUGUCUCAUUUGUUUAAUUGUUUUAUUAGUUCCAGUGGAGCAAUGGCUGGAGGGCGGAUUCAGACCUGGAAUGAGUGGGCAACACAAAUCCUUGUCCUACUCAGCUUCACACUGCAGAUUUUCCUCUUUCUCUUCGCUAGGACCCGUCGGCGUGGACCCUCAGCUGUGCUGAAGUUCAUCCUCUGACUGGCGUACCUCAUGGCCGACUCCACCGCUGUAUACACUCUCGGCCAUCUCUCCAUCAGCGGCUCGUUGCGGGAGCAGAAACUCACGGUAUUCUGGGCUCCAUUUCUCCUGGUGCAUCUUGGUAGCCAGGACACCAUCACUGCUUACGCCCUUGAGGACAACAAGCUCUGGCCACGCCACCUGUUAAAUCUUAGCGUACAGGCCUUUGGGGUUGCUUAUGUCCUCUAUAAGCACAUCUCCGAGAUCCCAACCUCAUUGGGAUUGGCUACUGGUUUGAUGUUCGUCACUGGUUUCAUCAAGUAUGGGGAGAGGAUAUGUGCCCUCAAGUGUGCCACCCUGGACAGCAUCCUGACCUGUAUCAGGGAAUUUUCGUAUCUCCCUACUUACUACAGUGCGCUUCCGUCUCUGGCAGCGAGGGCAGAAGAGCGAGAUGAAGAAGAGCUCCUGCUGUUUGCUCAGGGCAUGCUCCCUCGGUGCAAGGGUGCUAUUGCUGAUUUUCCUGUGGCUUUGUUUGGGAUGUGUAAAGUUCGAGAUGGUUAUAUGAAGAUGUCCAGUGAUUUUGAAUUGAACUGGAACUGGAAUUGGAAAGCUACGGCCAAGGUGGUGGAGAUGGAGCUCUCCCUCAUGUAUGACAUCCUCUACACCAAGGCUGCGGUAAUCCACAACUGGUAUGGUUACUGCAUCCGUGUAUUCUCGCCGCUCGCGACUAUUGUCGUCUUCAUACUGUUCCAGUUAAGUGGUAAUAAAGAUGAUUACAUUAAAGCGGAUCUUACUAUCACCUACAUCUUGUUGGUUGGUGCCUUCCUUCUGGACUUGGCGUCAUUGUUGAGUGCUUUGGGAUCGACCUGGGCAUGUAAUUCCUUGUUGACUAGAGGCUGGAUUAGGCUGGGUCUUGUCAUCCUUUUUCUUCACCAACAUGUCAAGGCUGCUAGAGGCAAUAGAAGGUGGUCAGGCUCCAUUGGUCAGUUCAACUUGUUGCAUUUCUGCUCUCGUGACAGUACCAAGCUAAGCAUCGGAGUGGCCAAGAUGAUGAGGCUUGAGGAUUGGUGGAACAAAUGGCAUUAUGUGGAGACCCUAGUGAUUUCAGAAGAUGCCAAGGAGUUGGUGUUCCGAUAUGUGUGGCAAGCACUGAAGGAGAUUCAUGACCCGAGAGGAAAGGAUGAGACUCAGUCCCGACCCUACAUGGAGAGGCCCAUGGCGAUGAUGACAACCAAGAUCUAUUGUAUGGGGUUUGGUCCUGAACCAUACGAAGAUACUGCCAGGAGGCGUAUGAAAUUAGCCGAAGCUCUGGGCUUUGGUGCUGAACUCCAGGAGGUGAUCCUUACCUGGCACGUCUUCACGGAUGUUUUCCUCUUGUUCAGUAGAGGCAUUCCCAAGGACAAGGAUGCAACAUCAUCCACAUAUGUGAAGGCGAUCAAGGCGCUGUCAGAUUACAUGGUUUUCCUCGUCGCUAUAAUCCCUGACACGAUACCUGGUCUCGAGCUACACAGCCUGUAUAAAGCAACUCACAGGGCUUUGGAGGUAGAAUUGCGUUUUUCUUGUGAGCAACAUGUAGAGGAGCAGCUUGCCAGCAUCAUGCAAAACAGGACACAUGUUUCACUUGGAGGGGCGAGCAUCAUUCUCUCGCACGGAUUUUUUUAUGCCAAGCUACUGCUAGAGCUGUUAGAUGCAGGCAAUCCUGACAAGUUAGGUGUCAUAUCUACUUACGAAGAUACUGAUGAUGCUGCCAUGGAUAAACUGAAGCGUCUGAUACCAGACCUGGAACCCUCAUGUAGAGGUGGUGUGUUCGGUAUGCCCGAAGCGUUGGCACUCAUCUUGGAUGCCUGGGUGCGCCUGCUCAUCUUCUUGUCUGCCCGAUGUAGCAGGGACGUCCAUGCCAGACAGAUCAGCCAUGGCGGCGAGAUCAGGACCAUCGUCUGGCUCAUGGAAGAACACGCUAGCAUGUUCUCCAAGCGACCUGAAACAGGCCGCCAGGAAGCUGCUGCCUAGUGAUCAGUGUCCAGUUAUCCCACUUUUAUUCCCUCUGCUGAGAUUCAUGUUAUGACUCAAAUUUGUAUGUUACUGAAAGGAAGCUGUUAUUACUCCUGGCGUCCAUCACACAAAUUUUUACUCUUUGUUCAUUCUCUUGCUGCUUGUGGUUAGCUAUAGUUGUCGGCAGCUAGGAGUAUGAAGAAAAAAAUAUUAUUAGAGCGCCCUCUAAAUAUUAUAGCAAUAGUGGGUCACAUAGGCGAUUUGUUAGUGGAUCAAAACUCUAUACUGGUAUUUUUUUUAGAGAGUGAAGGGGUUUUAAGGGAAUCUGUUAUACUUAGGGCUGCUCUUAGGUCUUAGCUGAGCCUUUGCCCUGUCUUUAAUAUCAUG